AUGGCCACGGCGGUGGCUGCGGCGUCACGUCCCACCGGAGCUUGCAACGACGCCGCGUCUGCGGCUGCAGUUACUGCGGUCUCAACCACCUCUGGCCUGCGUGCUGCUGCCGAGAAAGAACAUUUAGUGCAGCGCUGGGCUCGAGACAAAAAGGCGCAUGGCGCUGGGCGAGCUGUGAGAGGAGAGUUCCGCUUGAAUGCUCCUGGGAUUGCCCCACUGCACAAGAUCGUGCCCACCCCCUCCACUGCUGACACCUGCGCUGGGAGCGGCGUGGGCGGCCAGCUGCCUCCCGCGGCGGGAGCUGCCGCCCUCAAUGCUCCACACCAACCUGCCGUCCGAGCGCCUUAUCUCAAAGUGCUCCUCACCCCGGCCAAACCUCGCCAAACCCCAACGCGCCGCCCCACUCCCGUUGUCUCUACCACUGGUUGCUUCCGCUGCCUCGCGAGCGACCACCUGGUGAGAGACUGUCGUGAUCCUGUGCGUUGCCGCAACUGCCGCGGUUGCGGCCACCGCUUCAGCUCGUGUCCCAUGCCGGUCGCCCACGUGCUCACCCCCUUGCCUCGCCGCCACCCGACCGUCCCGAUCUCUGCCUCGCGUGGGACCGUGACUACCGAGCCGUUCUCCCCCCGCUACACCACGGCGCCGCCCCCGCCCACGCCUGCCUCCGACCUCCACCCCCCAGUGGCUUUCGACCCGAUCAACCUCAUCGCCUCCUCGAGCACGGAGGCUCCAAACCUCGAGCUGAACGCGGAGCGCGCAGCACCCUUGUCGGCCCUGGCUGCCGGCGCGACCUACCUGCGCAGGGAGCGCACGCUGGGGAGCCCCUCCUUCAGGGACAUCCACGUCCCUGCACUGCUCUUUCACGUAGCCGCGUCGCUUGCCGCCGUGCGAAUCACCGCAGCAGCGCCACCCACCACCUCUGCACUGCCACCCACCCCACCACCCGCAGACGCCUCCCCCACCAUCACCUCCCCGCUUGCACCAGUGCCUUGCACUUUCCCCACCCCUGAGCCUGCCGGGGAUCUCCCACCCAACCCACCUCCUUCCCCGGUGGCGGCCCGCGCCCCCGGUGUGCGCCUUGGCCGGUGCGCGCGUGUCUCGGGCUGCAAGCCCAAGCGUACGAGCUCCCGCCUGGCAGCAAAAGCGGCUGCAUCCUAUGUGAGUAUCCCGGACAUGGCCAUGCAGCGCGCCGCCCUCAAGAACUCCCUACAGUCGUGCUCUGCUGCUCUCAAGGAGCACGUGGAGAAGAAGGGCAUCCUCAACCGCAGUAAGAUCCCCAUCCCCGUAGCUGACCUGCGCAAACUGGUGAGCGCCGCGGGUCUGGGGUGUGCCGCGGCGAGCGCCGUCGGCGCGGUGCCUCGCACUGCGAAAUGA